AUGAUGUCUGGGGAGAAACGUCCGGCGCAAGAGGACUUUGGCUCCUCUAGCCAGGUGGUGAAGCGAAAGAAGUCCGACGCCGGUCUCAAUGCGGGCACCGCCGUCGUCAAGAGCUCGGCGCAAAAUGGAACGCUGGUUCAAGCAGUGCCUCGCACCAGCGGGCUGGAUGCUCCGAUCAUGGAAUUGACAGGUCACUCUGGAGAAGUCUUCACGGUUCGGUUCGAUCCGACAGCUCAACACAUUGCGUCUGGUUCAAUGGAUCGAUCUAUCUUGCUAUGGAACACCUACGGACAAUGCGAAAAUUACGGCCAAUUGACAGGACAUCGGGGGGCGGUGUUGGAUCUGCAAUGGUCGCGAGACUCCAGGGCCCUCUUCUCCGCAUCUGCAGAUAUGACACUGGGCAGCUGGGAUAUAGAGACUGGCGAGCGAGUGCGUCGCCAUGUCGGCCAUGAGGAAAUCGUCAAUUGUCUCGACAUCAGCAAGAGAGGCCAGGAGCUGCUGGUCAGUGGCAGUGAUGAUGGGUGUAUCGGCAUCUGGGAUGCGCGACAGAAGGAUGCUCUGGAAUACCUGGAGACGGAGCUGCCCAUCACGGCCGUGGCCCUCUCCGAGGCCGGCAACGAGAUCUACAGCGGUGGCAUUGACAACACCAUCCACGUUUGGGAUCUUCGAAAGAAGGCGGUGGUCUACUCGAUGGCAGGACACACAGACACCAUUACCUCGUUGCAAAUUUCUCCGGACUCGCAGACUCUCCUGUCCAACUCGCAUGACUCGACGGUUCGUACCUGGGACAUCCGGCCGUUCGCCCCGACCAAUCGACAGGUGAAGACGUACGACGGCGCGCCUGUCGGGUUAGAGAAGAAUCUCAUCCGUGCCAGCUGGGAUCCCAAGGGUGAGAAGAUCGCUGCCGGGAGCGGCGAUCGAAGCGUGGUGGUGUGGGAGGCCAAGACGGGCAAGCUUCUGUACAAGCUUCCCGGACACAAGGGCACCGUCAACGACGUGCGGUUCUCCCCCAACGACGAGCCUAUCGUGGUCUCUUGCUCGUCCGACCGCAACUUGAUGCUCGGCGAGCUGGGCAAAUGA